CUGAUUAUUAUCCAAAUAUCGAUGUUAAGAAUUUUUACAUGAUAAACAUUGAUUAGAAUUAGGACCAUAGCAAGAAUCACAUAAAGUAUGACAAUCUUCACAAGUAUUUGUAUUUGUUAAAUAUGUCCAAGGAUAACAUUGGCAAUUUCCAUUUUAUAAAUAGAAUUUGGUAGCGCAUUUAGUACAUAUAUAUGAAUUUAAGCAUUCUAAACAAUAAGUUGGAGUACAUGGAAGACAAACAGCAGGAGUAACAGUUCCAUCAAAAUAAUAAGAAUUAUUAAUGCAUGUUGAUGGUGAUGACAUUUCAGGUGGUAAUGAUUAUUAAUCUAAGCAUUACCCCCAUGUCGGACCAGUACAAGAUAAACAAUAUUAAGUACACUAAUUAUUAUUAAUCACUUACUUCUAAAAUCAAAAUAAAAUAAUCAUAAACGAUACAAAAAUUAUUUAUAAUUGAUGAUUCUGUUGAACUACAUCUAAGUUCGAUAGAAAAACUUAGAGGUGUGGAAUGUGGUUCUGUCUUAUCAACCAAAAUAUAUUUAUCAUUAUUAUUCUUACCAACAUUAGGAGUAGCAUCUGGUCGACCUGAUCUUGUUAGUGUUUCUGUAAUUCCUCCAAUAUUAUACUAGAAAUUUCCAUUAAAAUCAUCUCCUAAUAUUACUACAAAUUUAAAUCGAAUGGCAUAAUGUGGAUUUGAAACUACAGGUUUAUUAAAUCUAGCUUUAAACCAGACUAAUGGACCCCCUAAAACUCUUUUACCCAAAUAGUAGCUAAAAUAAAUAGGCGUAUUGGUGCCAAUAAAGCGAUCUGAAGUCUUAAAAUCCGCUCCUUCAUUUGAAACUGCUCCAACAAUAUUAUUUAUGUCUGUAUCUGUUGUAUUUGAUGAGUCAUAAAAUGCUUUUAUUAUAUAUCUGGAAUCUAAAAAUUUAGUAUAAUAUAAUACUUUCAACUACUUCAUCCAAAUCUUAACAAACUCCAGUAGUUGGUAACCCAUAUGGAGGACAACUAGGUACACAUCUAUUUUUAUAUAAAAAUCCUGUUGA